AUGUCAGGCAAAAAAGAAAAUAAAAAUCAAGAAGUUACUGAAGAAGCUACAGCUAAACAAGAUACAUCUUCAUUAAUAGAUGUUGUAGAACAAGUUGCAAAGCAACAACAAUCACAAACCUCAGAAAUAGAGAAAAGCAAAAAACUUCUGUUUCAUUUGCAGAAUGAAUUUCAUGAGCUUGAAAAACAAAUAGCUUCUGUCUCAGCAGAAAUUCAAGAAACAGAACAUAAAAUUUAUCAGCAAGAUUCUGCCAUAGAGAAUACCAAAUUUCAUUGUGAAAAUUUGGGAACUCAACUCAAAUCCUUACAUACAGAAAAUGUAAAGCUUAACUAUGACAUAGAAGCAGCCCAAGAAGAUUUUGAGGAACACAUGGCAAAAUAUAAUGAGUAUUACGCAAAAAUAAAAGUACAUAAAGAGAAUUUGAGGGAAGUAGAAAGCAAAUGGCCAUUCAUGAUUGAACUCCGUGAAAAACAAGAUCUUGUAAAAAAACUAAAGAUAAUGAAGGAGGAACUUAUGCAAGAUCUCCAAAAUCCAGAAGGAAAACGCAUGAAACAAGAACAGGAAGACAUUACAAAGAUAAAGGAUAAAAUUACAGCUAUAAAAGAAUCUAUUGUUGAAAAAACCUGUUUCCUUGAAGAAGAAAAACAGACACAUGAAAAAUUAAGAAAAGAAAUAGAGGUACAGCAUAAGAGAUACAGUGCAAUACUUAAGCGUUUGCAUUGUCAGGUGAACAAGCUUCAGUCAAAUAGAAGACAGUGGCACUGGAACAUUCAACAACUGGAAAAAAUUGCAGCUGAACUAAGAAAACGCAUUCAAGCAUAGGUGAAUGUAGAGUACGAACAACUAUGCCCUCAAAAAUGCCUUUGGAUUCUUCAUAGUAUUAUUGUCAGAAGUUUUUCUGGAUGACCAAUACAGUUUUUUUUAAUUAAUAAUUUAUUAAAGUGCCUUCCAGCCUUAUCCUUGGAAGCAAAAGAAAGAAAGCAGGAAUAUUUAGAUAAGAAUAGUGUUAGACUCCAUUAUGAAUACUUUGAAUGUAUAAUACACAGUGUACUCACUACUGCCCUUUUAAUAAAUAUG